AUGUCCAGCCCACGCCGCGACGGGCUGUCGCGGACGCAGACGGCGGCGGCGCGGACGACCGGAAGCUCGGGCUGCGCCGGGCUGGGCCGGGUCCCGCCGAAGAAGCGGAGCCGAAGCCGCGGAGGUGGAGGAGACGGAGGUGGCCGAAAGAGAGACGUGUUUCAACCUCCGCUCGCGCCCGGACGAGCUGCCUCCGCCGCCCGCUGUGCUCUGCCGCGCCGCUCCCCUCCCCUCCGCCCCGCCCCGCCCCUCGCUGUCUUCCGCCUUCUUCGCCGUCGUCGUCGUCUGCGAGCCGGCCCCCCGCCGGAGCCCGGCAGGCACAGCGCGGCGGCCGCUAUGGUCCUGCAGGUUCUGGACCUGGUGACAGCGGCGCACGAAGCGUUCUACGGCGACUGCCCCAACACUGCCUUCUCCGUGGACGGCGGCGCCGGCCCGCCCGCCACCACCACCUUGAUCCCAGGAAAUGGGUCAUUUAAAAAAGAUGAUGAUGCUUAUUCUCGAGACUUGGAGUAG